AGUCUGAUACGGAGGAAGUGACGUCAUAUUCGAAUAUGGCGUCCGCUCUAUUUCGGACCGGUGGACGGAUAGCAGAAAAAGUUAACUUACAGACUACUCACAGGGUUCUGGCUGCUUUUUCUCCCACAUCAUCAUGUAAACCACAGCAGCAGCAGAGGAACCUUUCCAUCCAUGAGUAUCUCAGUUUUGGCCUUUUGAAGGAUGCAGACAUCCCCAUACCCAAGUACAGAGUAUGUGGGAAUCCAGCAGAUGUGCAGGAAAUGGCUACGGACCUUAUCAAGGCUACAGGGGCUCCAGAUGUUGUCGUCAAGGCACAAGUGCUAAGUGGGGGACGAGGCAAGGGCCACUUUACCAGUGGGCUCCAGGGAGGUGUCAAGAUUUGUUUCUCAAACGAGGAAGCCAAGACAAUUUCAGAACAAAUGUUAGGGUACAACCUGAUCACAAAACAGGCACCUCUUGGCAGGAAAUGUGACACCGUCAUGUUGUCGGAGAGACUGUACUCAAGGAGGGAGUUCUACUUCGCCAUUGCCAUGGAGAGGUCUUUUGCUGGCCCUGUAUUAGUGGGGAGUUCUCAGGGAGGUAUGAACAUCGAGGAUGUAGCAAAAGAAAAUCCAACUGCUAUUCUGAAACAACCAGUGGACAUUUUCACAGGCCUUACAAGAGAGUUAGCUGUCAAUCUUGCAGUGUCUAUGGGCUUCAGUCCCAACUGUGUAGAUCAGGCAGCAGACAUUAUUGUAAAGCUGUACAAUGAUAUCUUUCUCAAGUACGACUCCACACUGGUAGAGAUUAAUCCAAUGUCAGAGGAUGCCAGUGGCAACGUUUAUUGUAUGGACUGUAAGCUGAACUUUGACGACAAUGCAGAAUUUCGACAAGAGAAGAUAUUUAAACUGCGGGAUUGGGCACAGGAGGACAAACGUGAGGCGACUGCGGCUGAGGCUAACCUCAACUAUAUUGGGUUAGAUGGCAGCAUCGGUUGUCUUGUAAAUGGAGCAGGUCUUGCCAUGGCAACCAUGGACAUCAUCAAACUCCAUGGAGGAAAUCCUGCCAAUUUCCUUGACGUUGGAGGAGGUGCAACAUCUAAACAAGUGACAGAGGCCUUUCGUUUGAUAACCUCCGACCCCAACGUUGAUGCUAUCCUGGUGAACAUUUUCGGAGGAAUCAUGAGGUGUGAUGUUAUUGCCCAGGGAGUCAUUGCUGCCGCAGACGUCCUGAACCUCAAAAUCCCAAUAGUUGUAAGGUUACAAGGAACUCGUGUGGAGGAUGCCAAGGCCCUGAUAGCUGCCAGCAACCUAAAGAUUAUAGCCUGUGAUAACUUAGAUGAGGCUGCUAAAAUGGUGGUGAAGCUGUCCUACAUUGUCAGCAUUGCUAAGGAGGCUGCUGUGGAUGUUAAGUUUGAGCUGCCUUUGUAAAGUGGCUUAUCUAACUUGUGAUGGAAUCCUGUGGUAUGCUCCCGUUGAUGAGAUGUUUUGGAAAUUUUAGCCGUAAAGAUGUUGGUGAAAGUUUGUAACAUAAUGAAAAGGAUGAAUCUGUCUGUUCCAUUGUUUGUAUGGAGAUAUAGAGCUACAGUAUCAAUAUACAAUACAGUCUGCAGGGAAGGUUUUAAUCUUCCCAGGAUGGAAAUGUGGUCAAGGACAAUUAUUGUGUUAAUAAAUACAAGAUACAAGUCAGGUUUUGUCCAUUUAGAAUGUGUCCUAUCGCUUUGGUAACUAUGAAUGCCAAGUAACAUUUUUUCCUGUUAAAUGUUGAGAGAAGAUUAUCAUGACAUUUAAUUCCCAUUUAGGAAAUACAUGUACUAGUUGCAAUGGUAUGGAUGAAAUUCAGAACCAAAAAUAUUGUAUGUAACACAGGUAGAUGGAACAAAUUAGAGGAAAUCUACUCAUGAUCAAAAUUACAAAAAGAAUUACAACUUUAUCUUUGUCAUACUACAAUCUGCCACACAAAGUCAAAGGUCACUGCAUAAUGUAAAGAUCCUCAGUCAAGGCUUCUGCUACCUCUGAACCUGCAGACAGCUGCGAUGAGAGUGCUCCAUAAUAGUGCUCAUUGUUAUGAUUUUUUUUUAUACCUGUAGUAUUUUCUUUAAGUUUGUAUUAAUUUUAUUUGUUAAAUAAAUGAGAACAUCUGUACAAAUGUACUGUACCAGUACAUUUUGUACUUCAUCUUGUUGGCCAAGGGUUUUUUACUCUGUUUAAGUGUUACUGCAUGUUCAGAUUUGAACCCAUGGUUAGCAGAGAAUGCAUUUCUUAAGAUAUUAAUACACUUUUUGAAUUGAAGAUAUUUUUGAAUGAAUGCUCUAUGUGUGUACGUGUGUUUAAGGCCAAUGCCCAAAAACCCUCAUUAAAUGGACUCAAGAAACCAAAUUUGCUCCAUUUUAAAUAGAUUUCUCUUUCUGAUUUACUUAUUAUAAGUUUGAUAAAAUAUAAAAUGAAAUUUAUGAGUUCAACAAUACGUUAACCCGAUUCAUUUACAAAAUAUAUUACAGCAAUUUUGUUUUUUAUUUUGUAUUUCUUUUAAUUCCAAAAUAUAUUUGAUGCUGCAAAAAGUAAUGCCCCAUUUUCAUAAAAAAGGGGAUACCAUUGACAUUUUUAUCAUUGAAAUUUGAUAACACUAUAGCUUGAGAAUAAUCUUUUAGGAAAAGCUGGCAGUUAUCCUCUGCCAAUAUUUUGUGAUUGACAGCUGAUCAGGUUGUUGUGUGUAGGGUUAGUGUUGUGUGAACCAGUAUGCAAGGUAGGUGUAAAUAUAGAUCUGUGUUAAUGUACAUACUCCUACAGUGUAGACCAGCAUGUCAGUCGAAACAUUUACUUCUAUUGGUGAAUAUUGAGAUAAAAGUAUUUAAACAAUUUCAA